AUGCAAUUGAAGUCCAUUAUCUCUUCGGCACUUAUGGCAGCUGGAAAUAAUACUGCGCAGUCCAGGCAAAUCCAGGAUAUUGCUCAGCAACUUGGUGUAAUUAACGAUGCUCAAGCCAACAAGACUGUGCCCAUGAGUGCGAUCAGUGCUAUUAUGGGCACUGGAGGAGCUCAGCCAAACAUGACGAAUGCAGUACCUGCAGCGGCACCACGCGCAAUGGCUCGCGCGGCUGCUCUCGGGCCAGCUACGAACACAGCAAGCGCCGGUGGUCAGGCCAGCGUAGCACGUUCAAUUCUUCACUUUUUUGCUUGA